AUGAAAAGAAAGAAAAAACGGCUGACAGAGGUGGAAAGGAAGCUGCUAUGUCACAAGGAUCGAAACAAGAUGAUGGAAAGAACUGCAAUAAGAGAAAAAAUCAGAAAGAAGUUGAGAGAUGAACUUAAGGAGAAAAACAAUCACAAAAACAAACAGCAAGUGGGAAAGAUGGGUGAAGGACCAACUGCGCAGAGCAAUGAAAGUAAAGCAACUAAAUUUCAAUUCAAAGCUACUAAUGAGCAAACUGCCAAGAACAAGAAAAAGAAGAAAAUUAAGAAAAUGCCACAAAAAAAGAGUAAGGUGGUAUUCAGGCCACAGAUUUCUGCUGAAAUUAAGACCAGGAAGAGAUACAAAAGAACUCAGAUUAGACAGGAUAAAAGCAGGAAUUUGGAUGAUCAAGAAGGGCAGCAAGAACAGAAAAUUCACAACCUUGAUACAGCUGCUAAGUAUCGAGAACCAAUACAACUGUUUGUGGAGCAGUGCUGUGAUCAGAAGGAUCCAAAUGCUGAGGAAGAAAAUGAAGUUGUAGAAGAAACCCCUAGAGCUAAGGAGGAAGAUUCAGUUUCCAGCAAUAUCAACAGAGGAAGCAAAAAAAGUGAAACAAAGGAUCAGGAAGAAACAAAUGAGACUAAAACAAGGAAUCAACAAGAAGAAGAUCUCAACAAAAAGAGACAGCACAAACGAAAGGAUUAUGAAAAUUAUAUAAUGGAGGAGUCAUCAAACACUAAAUAUGUUAGCCAUGAGAAUGAGAGGACUUCUCAGAAAAGUGAUCAUGGAAAAGACUCUGAUACUGAUUAUAUAGAAGAUAGCAACACUCAGAGAGGAAGAAGCAAAAGCAAGAAAUCCGAAAAAAGAGAAAACUCCAAAAAAGCUCUUUCACAAGGAAGGAGGACAAAAGCAGAUACCGCCCAAAAUAUCCAAUGA